UAAAUUAUUAUUAAUCAUUAUAAAUAUAAUUCAUAAACGCGUGGAAUUAUAUAUGUAACAAUAUCUAACCUUUAGUCGGUACUCGAGAUAAUAUUCCAUCUAUUACGUAUACCUAAAUAGACAGAUAACACUCGGUAAUCAAAAUAAUGUACUGAUUCAAAAAUUCAGUAAUUCGAACAUAUCCGUCGAAAAACGUCUUCGAAUAAGGAUCGUUAAAAUAUCCAGGUUAAACAAAAUUACAAAACCAAGUAAAAACAAAAACAAUUUCAAAGUUAAAAAAAAAACCGUCACACCUACCAUCACGAAACACUUUAACGGUUACAACAUUUCGUGCUGAGGUGUAAUACGCAAUCUUUUUAAAUUAUUUUCGCAACAAAAUCGGUAUAGGUACAAUGAAACGGGUUACGAAACAAUGCGCCACCACCGCCUUAACCUUCUCUGUACUGUGUGCGAUCACACCCUCGUUGACGGCCGUCAACGUGCUGGCCAUCGAACCGUUGCCGGCCCGGAGCCAUUGGACGUUUAUGCGGGCGGUGCUCAUGGCCAUAGCCACCGGCGGCCGUGGCCAUAACGUGACGGCGUACACACCAUUCGCGUCGUCGUCAGUGGUCACUGCUGGCGUCUGCAACGGCGGCCCGAUCGGUUGCGGGUACGUGGAAAUACCUUUGCGGCUUGACGUACCGGACAAAGUCGCACUGGACGUGCAGACGGCCGUCGCCGAUUUCGCAGACCAGUGGCGGUUCGUGGGCAUCGCCGUGGACAAGAGUCUGACGGCGUGUGGCCGGCUGGACCGGAUGGCAGCUGCCGGCCACUUUUCUGGCGUUCGGUACGACGUGGUCGUCGUCGAGCUCGUGUCGUCUGAGUGUUCGUCCCGCUUGUCCGGCGUCCUGGGCGAAGUGCCCCUCGUGUACGUUUUUCCGUCGCCGAUAGCCUCGUGGGUGGAGGCAAAAGCGCUGGGCACCAGCCCUGGCCCGUCGUAUGCCAGCCGGCUGUUCGCUCGGUACGCGACGCCCGACACGUUAACCAGGCGGAUGGAGAACGCGUACGGAUGGACCGUGAUGGCAGCGUUACAAUGGUUUCACGAGCGAGGUGACGACCAGGUCGGUCACCGUAAGCCCUCCGUCACGUUCGUCAACACGGAUCUGACUGUGGAAAAACCCGUGCCCGUCGUUCAAAACAUGAUAGGUGUCGGCGGUGUACACCUGCUGCCGCCCGAGCCAAUACCGUCGGAUAUUUUACAAUUUAUCGAGGAAUCACCAAAUGGAGUUAUCUUCUUUACAUUCGGUACUGUAGUCGCAUUGUCAACAUUACCGGACCAUAUUCAAAUUGCUUUCAAAAACGCAUUAGCUGAAGUUCCUCAAAGAGUGUUGUUGAAAUAUGAAGGAGAAAUGACGGAUAAACCAAACAACGUGAUGACAAGCAAAUGGUUGCCUCAACGAGAUAUACUGAAGCAUCCAAAUGUAAAGUUAUUCAUCGGUCAUGGAGGUAUCUCAGGAGUCUACGAGGCUGUGGACGCUGGUGUCCCAAUCCUAGGCUUCCCUUUGUUCUAUGAUCAACCAAGAAACAUGGCAAAUUUGGUUGACGCGGGUAUGGCGUUGUCAAUGGACUUGUUUUCAGUAACAAAAGAUACACUUAUAAAGGCUAUCAAUGAAAUUGUCAACAAUGAAACGUACUCAAAAAAUGCUAAAAAAACAUCGGAACUGUUUAAAGAUCGACCAAUGACACCGGCCGAAUCAGUUGUUUAUUGGACGGAAUACGUUAUUCGUCACAAAGGUGCACCGCACUUGAGAUCUCACGCACUUAAUUUGACAUGGUAUCAAUAUUUUUUGCUGGAUAUUAUAGCAGUUGUAUUAUUAGUUAUUGUAUCAGUUUGCUACAUAGCAUUUAAAACAUUGCAGUUAAUAAAAAAACUUAUUUUUAAAUUAUCAUCAACAUCGAAAUCAAAACCGGAUUAAUAUUGUAUUGAAGUCUGUAUAAGGUAAUUUGUUUUUUCAAAUGUGACAUAUUAUAUAAAUAAGUUCUUACACAUCAAAUUUUUAAAUAUUUUUCCUCGUAACAUUUCAUGUUUUCAAAUAGUUAGGUACUCUAGAAUGACAUAGCCUUUAUUACGUUGACUAAUAAUCAAUUGUAUAAGUAGUCAUCUAAAAGAAAAAAAUGAUUAUUGUUUGUUUAGUUCUAAAAACAAAUAAUCUUAUACGAUUGUGACGAUUGUAUAAUAGUACAGUAAAAGAUUUACUAUUAGUUUAUUAUUAGAUAAAUAAAAUAUAAAAAUAAUUUUUAAAUUUAA